AUGGAAGGUAGUCCGAGAAAGGCGCUGCGGCAGCGCCGAAUCGCGCCCAAUGCCCACGGAGCCCUAGUGACCUACGAAGAAGUCCUCAAAGCAACCCGUCACCUGAUUCCCGGCGACUUCCUGCAAGCCGGCCUGAUCAUCGGCGCCGCACUGCUGGCUGCGAUGCUGGUCCGGCUGCUGUUGAACCGGCUGCUACCUCGGCUGGCGCGUCGCACUGCGACCGAUGUCGAUGACCAACUGCUGGCCAGCCUGCAUCGACCGCUGUUCUGGAGCCUGCUCUUGAUCGGCGUCCACCUGGCCAGCCUGCGGCUAGGGAUCGACGAGCACCCGCCCUUCGAUCGCUAUCUGCUCUCGGCCAUGAAGAGCCUGGCGAUCCUGCUGUGGAUGGCCUUUGGCUUUCGCCUGGCGCACCUGGUGUUGGCGGUACUCAGCCGCCACCAUGCGCGUUUUCCGCUGGUCCAAGCGCAGACUCUGCCGGUGUUCGACAACCUGGCUCGGGUGUUCCUGUUCGGUGGCGCAGUCUAUUUUUUGCUGCUGGCCUGGAACGCCGAUGUCAGUGGCUGGCUGGCCUCCGCCGGUGUACUCGGCCUGGCCCUGGGCUUGGCGGCAAAAGACACUCUGGCCAACCUCUUUGCAGGCAUGUCUUUGCUCACCGACCGGCCCUUCCAGGUCGGCGAUUUCAUCGUUCUAGAGGACGGCAUGCGCGGCGAGGUCACCGAGAUCGGCAUUCGCUCGAGCCGCAUCCUGACCCGCGACGACAUCGAGGUGGUGAUUCCCAACUCGAUCCUCGCCAACACCCGAAUCGUCAACGAGCGCGGGGGCCGAUGGGCCAAGCACCGGGUGCGGAUCGAGGUCGGGGUGGCCUAUGACGCGGAUAUCGACAAAGUGCGACAGGUGUUGAUGGAGAUCGCCGAGGCCAACGAGCUGGUCUGCGAGGAUCCCGAGCCGCGGGUGCGGUUCCGACGCUUCGACGACUCUUCGUUGGCCUUCGAGCUCCUAGCUUGGAUCGCCGAGCCAGUGCUCCGCGGUCGGGCGAUCGACGGGCUGAACGUCGAGUGCGGCCAGGGUCGGAGCCUGGCGGCGGGGCGCCCGGGUUAG